CGUCCCUGCACCGAGCUAAAUCUCCGCGUGGAAAUGGAGCAGGAUUAGAACAAAUGGCACGGAACGCUCGCGAAUUCGUUUUCUUCAUCCGUCGAUUUUCUCUCGUACUCGCACUAUUGUUUCACGAUGAACGCACGAUGGACGGAGAUCGCGGAAAAAAUAUUAAUAGAACGCCCCGCAACACGCGCGCGCAAAUGUUGGUGGGAUGUAGCGUAUAACGUUGCCGUUGUGAAUUGAUCUGAUUUAACGUGGAAAACGUUAUUGCCGAACAGGCGAUUUUCCACCGAUAUAAUUGUAGCUUAUCAAUCAGUUUAUGUUUCUGGGUGCAAUUAGCCUUUCUCUCUCUCUCGCGCUCGUUUGCUCUCGCUCUCUUUCUCUCGACUGUUCGAUUUAUGGUCGAUCGCGAUAACGACCGCGAGUGCCUGCUCAGGCGGUAGUGCCAAACAUUUAUUUCAGGGCGUGCAGAUAACAUACGUGUGACGUCAAAUGAAACGUAAGGCGAGCUUCCGUCCAUUGACCCGGCAUGCAAAAUUUGCCCUGAAUCAUUCGGAGGACUAUUGUCUGCCCGGUAUAUAAUCGCGAUUGAUAGUCGAGAAUAACGAAACGGCAACUGGACAGUGCCUUCUCACAUUUCCGUUGCAUGCAAACACUCUCGAGGCUUUCAGCCUUCUUUUACAUAUAAAAUCAUUAACGACAUGAUUCAAUGAUUUUCCAUUUUAAUAAUAUCUAGAUUGAUUGCUGUAAUUCUGCACGAAACGAAAUUUGAAUUCUUAUUAGAGCAAACGAGGCUUGCUUAAAAUUCAAUGCUUCGGGCUCGAUUGUCGCUCCAUCAUCGCGAUAUGCAGCUUGAGAGUCCCUGCGAAUUGUGUGACGCACAGAUUGAUAGUAAAGCAUAUAUAUUUCGGUGCUCCGUGCGAUAACAUUUGGCACAAUGACGUCAAAUGCCUCUACGCGAGUUCCCUAUUUCUUUCUCUUGAGCUAGUUAUACCGACGUGAUGCACGCACGAUCAUAAAAUCUCGUACAUUCUCCACUAAACAUGAUUAAACAUGAUUAAACAAAACGCGCGUUUGCUGAAAUAAAAAAUUAUAAUAAAUUAGACAUCUAAAUCCUUCUUUUCUUUCUUUUCUCUUGUUGCGAUAAAAAUUAGAUUGAAUGACAGAAUUGUGUCAGGCAUCUAAGGAACCGAAUAGCGGGGUAUAUUUAUCCGGCGAAAUUGACUGUUCUUCACCUUAACGUAUUUAGUAUCGAUUCUCUCUUAAGGAAAAUUUAAUCAGCGAUUAAAACGGGAAACUAUUAAGUUAAGUUGAGUUAAGCCUCGGAAGUGCAAAUUGGUAAUGCGAUCUUACGCUUCGAUUAAUUCAGAGCAAAGUUUGCUUUUAACGUUGGCACUCUGUUUAACGUUUUAAUAUUUCGCGAUAAUUGAAAACGAGAGAAUUGAUGUUUGCCUGCAACACGUGCGUUGAGGAAACAAUCGAGAAUUUCGAAUUUUAUUUUUCCACGGAUUUUUCAGCGAUUUCGUGCAGCUCGCAACAUUGUUCGCGGUUAAGCGAUACUCUGGUGUUACACUCACAGUGUAAAUCCUUCUCGUAUUACAUUCGGUCAUCUGUAACCGAUAGCGGCACGCGGCGUGCAAAACCCCGCGAGUACAAUUUAUUGUACGGGCAUUAUCGUAUUAAGAAUUAUAUGAGCGCCGAGAUUGAAAUUGACAUCCAUUCGUCGGAGCAGUUCAGUGCAAGCUUGACUCUGUCCCGAAGAGCUCCGCGAAUUUACGAUAUAAUUGCAUUUCGGCGUAAUUUUCAUUUGGUGUCAACAGUUCACUUAUCUCGGCGGAAUAUAUAUCGAGGAUUGCAAAUCUACCUGCAAAUUUUGUGAUUUUUGCGAUGAUAUUUUCAAUAAAAAGAGAGAUAAAUCAUUAUUGCUUUUCGCGAUUCAAGUUACGUAAAAUAAAUAAUCGAACGUGUGCGUGACAUGUAUACAUGUAUAAGAAGAAAGAUUCAAACAGAUACCUGUGUUUAAAAAAAUAUGAUUAAAUUAAAUUGAAUAUAAUUAAAUAUAAUUAAAUUAAGUUAAAUUAAAUAAUUUGAGGUAACUCAACGGCAGAUUAAAUACUGUUAGUAUUCCGUGACUGCAUUUAUAAUGCACUGUGUAUUUAGUAAUUAAUUAAUAACUAUGAGAUAGAAGUAUCCUGUGUCGCGAAAUGAGUGAAUUAGCGAGGAAUGUAAUGGAGAGUUCUGAAUCGGAUUUUUCGGACACUGAGGAGUCAAAUGAGUUAGGGGCCAGUUCCAGGCCCGAGAUCAGCGCGAUGGACACUAUAGAUAGUGUCAAUAAACGACAGGCUACUCGUGUUUUCAAGAAAUCCAGCCUCAAUGGAAAGAUCACGGUCUAUCUCGGCAAGAGAGACUUUGUCGAUCACAUCACGCACGUUGAUCCCAUCGACGGGGUCGUCCUGAUCGAUCCUGACUACAUAAAGGACCGGAAAGUGUUCGGCCACGUCCUCGCAGCAUUCAAAUAUGGCCGAGAGGAUCUGGAUGUCCUCGGGCUCACCUUCCGCAAGGACCUCUACCUCGCGGCGGAGCAAAUUUACCCAGUGGUGCCGGGGACUGCACCCCCGCGGGAGCUGACGCGGCUGCAGGAACGGCUGAUCAAGAAGCUGGGCAGCAACGCGUAUCCGUUUUACUUUGAAUUACCGCCGCACUGCCCUGCCUCGGUCACCCUGCAACCUGCGCCGGGCGACACCGGCAAACCCUGCGGCGUCGAUUACGAAUUAAAGGCGUUCGUAGGCGAAACACAGGAUGACAAACCACACAAACGGAGUUGCGUAAGGCUGGCGAUUAGGAAGAUUAUGUAUGCGCCGUCGAAGCAAGGCGAGCAGCCUUCGGUGGAAGUCAGCAAAGAGUUCAUGAUGUCCCCGAACAAGCUGCAUCUGGAAGCCUCCCUCGAUAAGGAACUCUAUCAUCAUGGCGAGAAUAUAGCUGUGAACGUUCACAUAGCGAAUAAUAGCAACCGGACUGUGAAAAAGAUAAAAGUGUCGGUUAGGCAGUUUGCGGACAUCUGCCUGUUCUCCACAGCGCAAUACAAAUGCACCGUCGCCGAGGCCGAGAGCGAUAUAGGGGUAUCGCCAGGAUUCACCCUGAGCAAGGUGUUUUCUCUAAGACCGAUGCUUGCCGAGAACAAAGACAAGCGGGGCCUUGCUCUAGACGGUCAACUUAAACACGAGGACACCAAUCUCGCGUCUAGCACAAUGGAGGGAUGCCCAGUGGGUCCGGGUUUCACGCUGAGCAAGGUGUUCACCCUGACACCCCUCCUGGCCAACAACAAAGAUAAAUGGGGGCUCGCCCUCGACGGCCAACUCAAACACGAGGACACCAAUUUGGCGUCCAGCACCCUUGUGGUCGACCCGUCACAGCGCGAAAACCUCGGUAUAAUUGUCCAGUACAAAGUCAAAGUGAAACUUUGCCUUGGCGCCUUGGGAGGUGAAUUAGUCGCGGAACUGCCCUUCAUCCUGAUGCACCCGAAACCGGAAGAAGAGGAACCAGUGCCGUCCACAGCUCGACCAAGCCCUACGCACAAAACUGACAGUAGCGAAGUUUCGCUCGACACGAACCUCAUCCAAUUGGAUACAGAGGCGGACGGCGACGACGAUAUAAUCUUCGAGGACUUUGCUCGUCUAAGGUUGAAAGGCGAAACAGACGCCUGACCGUGUUCCACCGACGCCUUACGUCUCGAUUCACUCGAUCAUGUGACCCUGACGCCACCAUGUCGCACGCAAACCGGAAACCGCACGACGUUGAUGAUGCCAAUAGCGACGAUGUCGCAGCAACAAACUUGAAUAGUUCGUUCAAGUUUGUCGUUAUACUCGUAUUUGCUAUCUUCGAACGCAAAACGUUGUACAUUUUGAUCGUUCGGGACACUUCAAAAUUUAAACGUACAAAAUAUGAAAAGAAUACGAAAAAGAUUUGAAAAUUAAAAAAAAAUUAUUAGAUAAGACAAAAAUCCUGUGAGCUGUUCACGUUUUUGUGAGCAACUUUAGAUUUUCAUGUUGUCUAAACAAAUAUCACAUGUACUGGAAGUGGCAUCACGAGAAAAUCUUUUUCUCAACAAUCAUUUUUACUGAUCAUCGAAGAGACGGAGAUUGCAUCGGAAGUAAAAGUUUCCCUAAAGCAAAACUGUACGUUCGUGUUAUUUUUUUGUUUUAGGGAGGAGAAACUCUGCGCAUUGUUUAUCGAACAAUUAGAUUAGAAUAAUCGAGCAACAACUAAUUAAUUGUUUUGUAUUUGUCAUUUGAUCGUGGUGAUAUUGAUUUGCGAGAGAAGUAUGACGCGUUGCGUGGUUGGCAUUCACGAAUCUUUCAUUAACGUCGUCGCCAUUUCACGCUUUGGCUCUGAAAGCGAAGACUGAUUUCACGAAGAACAUCCAAAAAUCUAGCCAAUAACGUAUUUAUUGUAAAACUCUUAAUAACGAAUCAAAGCGGCUGCAAGGUGUACAAUUCCACAUUUCGCUACGUUUUAUCUUUCAACCGUCACGAAUAAAAUUCGCAGUUAACCUGAUCAUUAUCAGCUAAUCAAUUGCGCUUCAAUUUAAUAAACAUUAAUCGCUAAUCAAUUGCUGACAAGCACAUUGCCAUUUAAUUCAAUUAAUUAGCGAUGAAUCAAAUAUCGAGUUCCGACACGAAAUGCGAACACGCGAGAAUCUUUGAGUCGGGCGGCCGCUUUUAGUGUUCGCAAUUUGUCAAGCACGGCCAGUACACUGUCUUUAAGUUACACCAGCGUAAGAAGUAGGCUUUUAUCGCUUUCGAAUCACCGAUGUUGUUUUAUCAAUGCAAACAAUAAAUACGUAUAUUAUUGUGUGUGCAUCGCAUAUUAUCGUUUGCGCAACACAGCAGUCAAGCUUUAACGCUUUUUCACUCCUCGUGCAGGAAUUUCGCGGAGUUAGCGCGAAUGACAGUCAAACCCGAAUAAUAACUAAUUGAUUGCAAUUUAGUUGCUACAAAAGAAUUACGUGUUACGUAAUUCGCACGGAAGAGAAGUAGUUGCUUUGUAUGCUUAUUCGGGGUAAGAUGCUGCAAUACUUGGACCUGGUCCACGACAACGAGGAUGGGAAAUAAUUGUCCCGCGAAUCCAUGAGGGGUGAAGAUUUAAUACAGUCCAUUUAGACGUGUUUAACGCAAUAAUUUCAUCGCGUACUCGCCAAACUGUUGCGCGGAUAAUGAAAAGAUGGCGUUCGGAGAUGUCAAUUCGUAGGUGUAUUUAUGGAUAAUUUGUAGAACUUAUCGGUAACACUGUAAGAUUUUGUAAUAUUAAUCCACUGCACGUCCUCUAAUUCGACGACCACUCAAUUAAACGAUUCAGUUGAUUGGCGGUCGCAACGUUCAAUCUUAAAUAUCGACUUCGAUCAGCUCGCGAUCCCGGAGACUGCAUCGAGCAUUUCGAUUCUCGUGCGUUGCAAUUAAAUGUCGUGUGUACAUUUCCGACUCGCUCGUAUUUAAGGUGAAUCGUUCAGCAGUUUGAUAUCGAUUGCCUAAUUAAACCUCGGACGUGAAGUUCUUUCCGCUGCAACACGACGAAACUCGAAAUAAUCGUCAGACGAGCCUCGCUAUAAGCAACAACGUCAUGAUAAAUCGUAAACGACUGCAUCUCGUCACUUUUGUGAGAAUUCCUGUAAAGUCAGAUAACUCUUGUCUGAACUCGAAAAGCCAGUUUUAUUUAUCGUUUUGUUCUGCAUAUAAUUAUUAUUUAAUGUAUCAUUUUAUUUUUCGUAUAAUUUUUCGGUAAUUAUUUAUUUAAUCUAGUUAUUGUGUUUACGUGAUUAUAUGAGUGUGGUGGUAUUAUAUGCAACAUGUAACUUGUUAAGUCUCUUAGACUUUAAUAAUGGAUUUUUACACACAUACGUUAAAGAUGACGAGAUACAUUACUGACUAUUGAUUUGUAAAUCUAAAGAAAGUCAAGUCAACGAUGAGGGCGAUUCACGUUGGCAACGAAGAUUAAUUAACGGCGACAUUAAGUAAAAUGAUGCGAGUUGCAGAAGCAUAAAGAAUCUGUAAGCAGCAUUGUACAUGUAUAUGUAUAUAUAUAUACACACGGGAGGCAAUGGAAAAAUAGUAUUUUUUAUUACUUUAGCAUUUACAAACUGUAUUUAGACGAGAUAUAAUCAAGCGUGUGUGUUCUCGUCGCGCGUUUAUUUCACGUUUAAACGCGCGUCGUGAACAUGACCGUAUCUCCUCAUACCAAAGCAGACAUUUCCGUUUUCUGAAAAAGAUGCUUCUUGGAAAAUCGCGAGAGUAAAUUAUAUUUAAAAGGGACUUUCCCUCCAAGAAAAUACGAUUUUGCAUAAACACUUAUUUGUUACUGAUUAAAUUUAUAUAAAAAUUUGUAAUAUAUAAACAGAAAUUUAUAAUUUAUCAAUAUAAAUUCAAUAAAUUGUAAUAGAGCAUCAUAAAUCAUAUUUUAUUUCUAAGACUUUCGUACAACGAUGUUAUUUUCAUUUUCAAGGCAAUUAAUACGAUAAUUAGAAAUAACGAUUAAUCAUGUACCACUCGUGUACUCAAUUAAUUAUUUCAUUAAGCACGCAAUUAGCAAAUUGCCUGGAAGGUCCCUUCAUCUUUUCAACUGCUCGCGAGUUAAGCAGAAACGUGCAUGUUCAACGAACGUAGCUAUUUAAUUAAGAGAUAAAACUUGAAACGUCGACACUUCGAUUAUCGUUUUAAACGAGACUUGUUAUCGACGCGUAUGAGUGUGUACAUGCGCAGGCUUGUACAAUGAGAGUAUAUUUUAUAUUCGCCUGCGGGCGCGCGCAUAUUUUUUAUAUGAUCGCAACGAUAGGUCGUUAACGUUUUUAUUGUCAUCCGGUGGAGAAAGAAUCACAGAAAAGGAUUACACCGCACAAAACCGAAGAGGAAGAAGAAGAGAGAGAGAGAGAGAGAAAUAAUUAAAAGUCAAUAAAGGGUGCCGUCUCUGUAACUGUAAUACUGAGAUUGUUUUCUUGCAAUGUGCAAAACCAUGUGAACAAGAUUACACAAAAAAUACGCCAAUUUUAUCGAAUUUCGAUCGUUCCAUGAGACGCAUUGUUUUUCUACAUACACACGCAUACACACACGCACAGAAACUCGAAUUGUAAUUAUUCUGCUGUAUUACAUACGAUGCAUGUAAAAUCUACUAUUGAUACAUGAUACCGGAUAUCGCGUAUUUGAUAUUUUGGCAGAGAGAGAACCUGGAAUCUCGAACCUUUUUGAAUGUAACAUUUUUAUGCGAGAUUUUUUGAGACGCUCUAUAUUUAAUGUCAUCGCGAUAAGAAAGGCAGAUGAUCACGCUUCUUUAAUGUGAAAGACUUCGCACGGGGUAGCUCACGUUUCUCUCCUUCGUUUCGUCGAGAAAAUUACAUUUCCGUGCAGGUAGAGUCAUUGUAGUUAAACGAAUUCGACAAAAAUUGUGGACGCGCCGUUAUCGAAACAUAUUUGCAUCGUUCGAUCGUAGGACAGAAGUGAUUAAUUAAUUGCACCGUGCAUAAUAGUAGAUGGUAUAAGUUAAUGGAAUAAAAGAGUAAAAAAAAAGAAAGGAAGGAAGGAAAUCGAGAAGAAAGAAGAAAAAAGAGAUUACGCGCUCAUCCUGAGAGUGUAUCUAUAAUUAGUAUAAUCGAGUUGAUGUGUACAAGUAUCGUGAUUCGUUACAGCUGUUACACGUCUAAAGCGUAAGAAAAAGAGUGAGAGAGAGAGAGAGAGAGAGAGAGAGCGAGAGAAAGAGAACGAGAAAGAGAGAGAGAGAGAGAAAACGAAAAGGUCAUUAUUGCUGAGACUUGUACAUUGCAUUAGGGGCGAUUUAUUUAUUGAAGCUGCGCGUUGUUAGUUAGCAACAAAGUCGUGUGUCUCGUUCAUGAUCGUUCGUUGUUCAUUCGUGAAUAAUCCGUUUUGUAUGUAAAAGAGAUUACAAGAGAAUUAGUAAACAAGAGAGAAAGAGAAAGAGAGAAUGCGCGCGAGAGAAUGCAAGUGUACGUGUGUGUAAAGUAAAUGGCACGGAGUAAAUAAUGCAUAAUAUAUUGUAUAUGUAAAAAUCGUGUAUUCUCGUAUUGUAACUAGCUGUAAUAAUUUAAUAAAUCCUGUAUAUCGAAACUG